AUGCGGCGAGAGACGGGGGCACCAGCCGCAGGGCGGGAAGUCGCUGCCCAGAGGAAGCGGUUGGAGCCGGAGCCGAGCCCGGUGAUGGCUGCAGCGGGGCUGGCGCAGCUCCAGGUGGCGUUUGAGGACGUCGCUCUGUAUUUCACCCGGGAGGAGUGGGAGCUCUUAACCCGGCCAGAGAAGCAGCUGUACCAGGACCAGAUGCUGAGGAAUUACCAGGCCCUCGUUUUCCUGGCAGGGAUCCAGAUCCCUGGAGGAACAAGGGCACAGGUUGAAUGUGGGGAGAGCACGGCAGGAAAGCCGGAUCCCACAUCCCACAGAGGGAUCCAUGAACAGGACGCAGUCCCUCCCCGGGGUAAACUCAGCCAGAGACCGGAUCUGGCUACACACCAGAGACUCCCCAUUGGCCGGCGUCCCCAUCACUGCAUCGACUGCGGCAAGAGAUUCAGCAACCCCUCCGCGCUGACCCAGCACCGGCGCAUACAUAUUGGGGAGAGGCCGUACCACUGUGCUGCCUGUGGGAGGAGCUUCAGACAGUCCUCAGUCCUGAGAAUUCACCAGCUUACGCACACCAGGGAGCGGCCGCACCACCGUGUAGACUGCGGCAAGGGCUUUGCACAGAGCUCAAGCCUCAGUAGACAUCAGCGCACACACACCGGGGAGCGGCCGCACCGCUGUGCUGACUGCGGCAAGUGCUUUGGACAGGGCUCAAUCCUGAGAAGACACCAGCGCACGCACACCAGGGAGCGGCCGCACUGCUGUGCUGACUGUGGCAAGGGCUUUACACGCAGCUCAAGCCUCAGCAGACACCAGCGCACACACACUGGGGAGCGGCCUCAUCUCUGUGCCGACUGCGGCAAGUGCUUUAUACAGAGCUCAAUCCUGAGAAGACAUCAGCGCACGCACACCGGGGAGCGGCCGCACCGCUGUGCUGACUGCGGCAAGUGCUUUGGACAGAUCUCAAACCUGAUAGUCCAUCAGCGUACGCACACCGGGGAGCGGCCACAUCGCUGUGCUGACUGCGGCAAGGGCUUUGUACAGAUUUCACACCUGAGAGUCCAUCAGCGCACGCACACCGUGGAGGGGCCGCACCACUGUGCUGACUGUGGCAAGCACUUUGCUAGGUUGGCCAACCUCAUCCAGCACCAAAUCACGCACAGCAGUGCCCCUCUGCCAAGGCCAGGGCCUCAGGAGCUUCUGGCAGCCAGUGGGCCUGGCACAGCACCAGCACGUGUGGACCAGGGAGUGGUCCUGUGCCCAUGA